UCACACCCAAAACUGCGCCUCAGUCAGUCAGCAGCGCUCUCACUGAUGAACUCCAAACUCAAACAAAAUAAAGCGUCUUAUCUUCAUUUGCACAUGCAGUGAUUAUGUAACCUGUAAUAAACUGGAUUAUGAAGCUAUAAAAUCGGAAACGGUUACCAGACACAGUCUCAAGAGAGAAACAAACAACUGACAAAAAGAAAUGCUGGGUACUUCAGGGGUGAAAAUCCACCCAAAUGGCAACAGCAACCAGUUAGGAGUCCAGCUAGAAAAUGUGAAACUGACAAGUUUAUUCAAAAAACUUGAUAAGCGCUGCUCACUCGCCUCCUGGAUUAAAGAAAACAUCAAGAAGAAAGAGUGCUGCUUCUAUGUGGAGGAUGGCAGGGAGGGGAUUUGUAAGUGUGGUUACCCGAAGGUCCAGCACUGCGAUGAGGCCAUCAAACCAGAGGACUAUAUGGGGGAACAGUGGGACAAACACAGGCACGUCAGAGAGACACCCACCGAUGCCUUUGGAGAUAUUAGUUUUGGAGGACUUGGACAGAAAACCGGGAAGUAUGUCCGGGUGUCUUCUGACACGUCUUGUGAGAAUCUGUACCAGUUGAUGACAGAACAGUGGAAACUGCGUUCACCAAACCUGCUGAUUUCCGUGACCGGCGGAGCCAAAAACUUCUACAUCAAGACGCACCUGAAGGACAAGUUCCGCCGCGGCCUCAUAAAAGUCGCCCAGACCACAGGUGCGUGGAUCCUGACGGGAGGAACUCAUGCGGGUGUGAUGAAGCAUGUGGGCAUGGCUGUGAGGGAUUAUACACUCAGCAGUGGGUCAAUGGAGGGACAGAUCGUCGUCAUCGGUGUUGCGCCCUGGGGAGUCAUUCACAACCGCAGCACACUCAUCCAUCCUGAGGGCCGUUUUCCGGCGUAUUACUCUCUGGAUGAGCAGGGUCAGGGCCGUCUCUCCUGCCUCGACAUCAAUCACACUCACUUCCUGCUGGUGGAUGAUGGCACUCAAGGACAUUAUGGGGUUGAGAUUGAGCUGCGGGCCCGUCUGGAGAAACUUAUCUCUAAACUAUCACUCGGAAAUAGAGAGAGUGGAGUGACGAUACCAGUGGUCUGUGUGGUUCUGGACGGCGGUCCGGGAACUCUAAAUACGAUCUAUAAUUCGAUGCUGAACCACACGCCGUGUGUUGUACUGGAGGGCUCUGGGCGUCUGGCGGAUGUUAUCGCUCAUGUGGCCUCUGUGCCCGUGUCAAAGGUCACAAUGGCUCUCAUCAACCGUCUCCUGAAGAGGUUUUUCAUGCAAGAGUACAAAAACUUCACCGAGUUGCAGAUCAUUGAGUGGACUAAGAAGAUUCAGGACAUCUUGCGGAUGCCUCAUUUGCUCACAGUAUUCCGCAUCGAUGAGGAUAAAAACUAUGACGUGGAUGUGGCCAUUCUGCAGGCGCUGCUAAAAGCCUCCAGAAGUGAUGAACAUGCAGGUCGGCAUUGCUGGGAGAGGCAGCUGGAGCUCGCUGUGGCCUGGAACCGCGUGGACAUCGCAGAGAGCGAGAUCUUCACCGAGGAGAGCCAGUGGACGUCCAGUGAUCUGCAUCCAGCCAUGUUCUCCGCUCUGGUUGGUGAUAAGCCCGAGUUUGUGCGCCUCCUGCUGGAGAACGGUGUGUGUGUGCGUGAGUUUCUGGAGCGUGAGGAGACUCUCUGCGAGCUCUACUCUCAUCUGCCCUCCUGCUUCUUCCUUCGCAAAUUGGCCAAACGGGUCCAGGGCGGAAAGAUGCGGCGCGGGCAGGAGCCACUGCCCGGCAGCAGGAAGGUCUGCCUGAGUCACGUCUCUGAAGAAGUGCGACACCUGCUGGGCAGCUUCACACAACCGCUGUACAUUGCUUCUCGAUACAAGCCCACUAAAGAUGAUGUGCGCUUAAAGGUGCCGUCUAAAGGUGCUCUGGAUCUUCCAUGUUCGGGUGAGGAAUGGAGCGCAGACACAGUUUGGGAUCCUGGACGGGAUCUGUUCCUCUGGGCUGUAGUGCAGAAUAACAGAGAGCUGGCGGAGAUCGGUUGGGAGCAGUGCAGAGACUGUAUCGCUGCUGCUCUGGCCGCCAGUAAGAUCUUGAGGAAGCUAGCGCAGGAGAGCGGAGAGGAUGACAGUGAAGAGGCUACAGAGAUGCUGGAGCUCGCCAACCACUACGAGAAACAGGCCAUCGGUGUGUUCAGCGAGUGCCACAGCUGGGACGCGCAGCGGGCGCAGAAGCUGCUCAUCCGCAUCUCUCCAUCAUGGGGCAGAAGCACAUGCCUGUGGCUCGCUCUGGAGGCUCACGAUAAAAGCUUCAUCGCUCACUCCGGAGUUCAGGCUCUUCUGACUCAGAUCUGGUGUGGAGAGCUGUCUGUAGAUAAUCCACACUGGAAAGUGCUGCUCUGCAUGAUCUUCUUUCCUCUCAUCUACACCGGCUUCCUGACCUUCAGACGGGAUGAAGACAUUCAGAGACAGGCCGAACGGACGGAGCAGCAGAAACUGGCCAUGGAGUCUGUGUUUGCUGGACAGUCAGACGGCAAAAUCAAACGUCAUUUACGUGGAUUUUCACAGAAGUCUGAGCUGAAGCCUUUGAACUGUUCGUCUCGUCUGAUGAGUUUCCUCAAGUCUCCUCAAGUCAAGUUUUACUGGAACAUCGCCUCAUAUUUCGGCUUCCUGUGGCUGUUUGCUGUGGUGCUCAUGAUCGAUUUCCAGACCUCGCCAUCAUGGAGGGAACUGCUGCUGUAUGUGUGGCUCACGUCGCUGGUGUGUGAGGAGAUUCGACAGCUCUAUCAUGACUUUGACGGCUCUGGAUUUCGGAGGAAAGCAAAGAUGUACAUCAAGGAUCUGUGGAACAUUCUGGAUGUGCUGUCAAUCGUGCUGUUCAUUGCUGGUCUAAUCUGCAGACUUCAGGCCUCGGACACUGUGUUUUACAUUGGUAAAGUCAUCCUCUGCAUCGACUUCAUCAUAUUCUGCCUGCGAUUAAUGGCCAUCUUCUCCAUCAGUCGAACUCUGGGUCCCAAAAUAAUCAUCGUCAGGAGAAUGAUGUUGGAUUUGUUUUUCUUCAUGUUUCUGCUCAGUAUCUGGGUUGUGGCGUACGGAGUAGCCAAACAGGGCAUUCUGAUCGAAAACGAAGAGAGACUAAACUGGAUCAUCCGUGGAGCUGUUUAUGAGCCCUACAUCACUAUAUUUGGCAACUUCCCUACUAAUAUAGACAAUACUCUGUUUGAUAUUAGCAGCUGUAGUGUGAACGCCUCGGAUCCUCUGAAGCCCAAAUGUCCCAUGCUGAACGCCGAUAACACUCCGGUGUUCCCAGAAUGGCUGACCAUCAUGAUGCUGUGUGUUUAUCUGCUGUUCGCCAACAUCCUUUUACUCAACCUGCUCAUCGCCAUCUUUAACUACACGUUUCAGGAGGUUCAGGACAACACAGACACCAUCUGGAAGUUUCAGCGGUACGAGCUGAUAAAGGAGUAUCACAGCCGACCUGCUCUUCCUCCACCCUUCAUCCUCCUAAGUCACCUCAUCCUCUUCAUCAGAGGAGUUUUCCUGCGUGACCUGCCGCAGAGACACAAGAACUUCCGACAGGAGCUGGAGCAGACGGAGGAAGAGGAGCUGUUAUCAUGGGAAGCCUACAUGAAGGACAACUAUCUGGCAUCCACAAGACAGGACGAGAGCCAGAGCGUGGAGCAUCGCAUCCAUGACACGGCAGAGAAGGUUGGAGCGAUGUCUGAACUGCUGGAGCGCGAGCAGGAGAUGGUUUCUGCCACUAUGGCCAAACGACUGGCCAGGCUUGAAGAGCAGGUCUCGGAGUCUGCCAAAGCUUUGCGAUGGAUUAUUGAUGCGCUGAAAUCACAAGGCUGCAAAUCCAAAGUGCAGCCUCCAUUAAUGAGAAGUAAAAGCUCUGAUAGGGAUGAUGGAGACUCCAGCGGACAGGAGACGGAUGAUGAAGAGGCUCCUCAUAUGUUUGCUCGUCAGCUGCAAUAUCCUGACAGCACCGUCAGACGCUUUCCUGUGCCUGAGGAGAAGGUGUCCUGGGAGGUAAACUUCAGCCCUUAUCAACCUCCAGUUUACAAUCAACAGGACAGCAGCGAAUCUGACACUUCAGCCUUAGACAAGCACAGGAAUCCCGGUGGCAGGACUGGGAUACGAGGAAAAGGGGCUCUGAAUACCCUUGGUCCGAAUCACAUUCUCCACCCCAUUUUCACCAGGUGGCGUGAUGCUGAACACAAAGUGCUGGAGUUUCUGGCCGUUUGGGAGGAUGCAGAGAAGCGCUGGGCUCUUCUUGGGGGUCCAGCCCAACCCGAUGAGCCUCUAGCGCAGGUGCUGGAGAGGAUUCUGGGUAAAAAGUUAAAUGAAAAGACCAAGACUCUUCUAAAAGCUGGAGAAGAGGUAUAUAAGGGUUAUGUGGAUGACAGCAGGAACACUGAUAACGCCUGGGUGGAGACCAGCAUCAUCACACUUCACUGUGACAAAAACACACCGCUGAUGGCAGAUCUCAACCACAUGGUCGAGAGCUCGCUGUCGUCUCAUCAGCCACUCCAGUGGCGAGAAGUGAGCAGUGACGCAUGUAGGUGUUCAUACCAACGAGAAGCUCUCCGGCAAAUAGCACAUCAUCACAACACGUACUUCUGACCCUCAGGAAAACACACACACGCACACACACGUACUACACAACACUAUACACUCCUGUGUGUGUCUUUAAAAGGAGUCAAUACUGUGACACAAAUAGAAAUGCAUGAAACAUGACUGUUACCGAACAUGUUUUUUUAGAUGCUCAAAUAUAUUGCAGUUUAAUGCC